UGUGAUUUUUAAUAUAAGCAUUCAUCAUAAUAAUGAACAGUUACGUGAAAGUAGAAUGGCGUUUAAGACUGCAGAAAAUGAGCGAUUGUUUGCAAUCUUGGUAUAAACAAUCAGACACUGCUGUUCGAGAAUGGUCACAUUUGACAGAAGUUGGAUUGCAGCAAGUCUACCAUAAAAUUAUCUAUAAUAUGAUAAAGGAAGUUGAGACUGCUGGAUAUAGAAAAGCAAAGCUUCAGGAAGUUAUAAUAGAAAGACCGAUUAUAGAACCCCCACACGCUAGAUGUAAAGUGUCAGAGAAAAAGCUGAGGAGAAAUUUAGAGGUAGAAAUGGCACAUUCUGUCAAACUUCUGGAAAAUCUAGAAGAUGAAAUCACCAAGCGACGUCUGAUGGAAGAUGAAAUCUAUCAGCUUAAGCACGAAGUGAGAGAAUUGAAAUCCCCAGUAGAUUCAGUACAAAGUUCACCUCGUAGUUUCCGAUCCAUACAAUUACAGCUUUCUCCAAGAAGUACAGAAAAUGAAACACCAAGACAAACCCGCAACAGUAGUUUUACCAAUUUAAACAAUCUGUCCGAACGACAAGACUGUCGAGUCUUCCGUUCAAUGAUGUCCCCAUUCAGUGACAGUCAAAUGAUUCAAAUUUCUCCAAGAAGAAGAAAAGAAGAAGUUAGAAAGCAACUUCAUAUCGCUUUGUCACCGGAAGUGAAGGACACCAUGUUUGAUCCUAAGCCGACUACAUUAGCAAAGGAUUUUAAAGCACUGUUUGAUAAUGAAUGGACAAAGCUAUACGCGGACAUGAGAAGGUUCUACUCUGAACAAUAUGUUGUUGAUUUGCUAUUAUCAUGGCUGAAGGAUUGUUAUUUGACAUGUAUUGCAAUAUCAGAAGAACAAAGAGAGAGCAUACGAGAAGAUGCCAUGAAAUGUUUUGGAAGAUACACCAAUGCAUCUCUUUCGUUAUCGUUACCGAAUUCUUGUACCAAUAACAUCAAGGAAUUCCAAGGUAGAAUAGCAUCAGAGGCAAUACCGUUCAUCAUGAAGGUUUGUGCCAGAAGAUUGUUGAGUGGUGAAAAAAAUGCUGAGUAUCCAUUAGUUUAUAUUAAAAAGUGCGCUGAACUCUGUUGGUUAAUGUGUACACAAAGUCCGCCGAUGGUUCUGAAUAUGGACGUAUCUAACGGUGAGCUUAUAAACAGGAAAUUGUUUACAUCUUUAGUGCCCAGAGGUGAGAUGGUGGAUUAUCUUGCAUGGCCAGCUGUUAUGCGGUAUGCAAGAGGAAAUAUGCUCCAACGUGGAGUAGUGAAAACUGUGUAG